GAAUCUCGCUCGUGAACGCAUUGUUUACACUAAAAAAUACAAACCAAGAAUAUUUGACCUAGAUAUAUAGUGCUACUUUAGUUUUAAACCUUCACAUUCAUCUCCUAUAUUUUAUUACAAUAACGAGUAACGAGAAACUCAUUUUCGCCCACUUAUGAUACUAUAUUUAAACCACUACGUACACAACACAGCCAGUUGAUUCAAAAAUCCAAUCUUAAUUUCCAAUUUCCACACCAUAUAUGUCGACGACACAACAACGGCCACACUACGACGAGACGCAAUGGGUGAAGCGCAUCCAGCAAACCCUAGACGACGAGGUCGACGAAGAGACGGAGAUCCCGGUCACCAUCUUCGCCGUCCCUAAAGCCCUAAUGGUGAGCGAUCCGGAGUUGUACAUCCCCCAACAGGUGGCGAUCGGGCCGUACCACCACCUCCGGGCCGAGCUCUACGACAUGGAGAGGUACAAAGUGGCCGCCGCCAAAAGAAACCAGAAGGAGCUCCAGAACGUGAAGCUCAAGCACCUGGUCGACCACAUACUCAAAAUGGAGCUCCGCAUCAAGGCCAACUACCACCGCCCCCUCGGCAUCGGCGCCGAAGCCCUAGCCUGGAUGAUGGCCGUCGACGUCUCCUUCUUGUUCGAGUUCAUGCAGGUCUGCGCCGUCAAGGAGGGCAAGGCCAUCACCAGAAUCCCCUCCAGAAUGGCUCAUCUCAUCGAUUUAUCCGGCAGGAAAACAGCGCACAACGCCAUUCUCAGAGAUAUCGUCAUGCUCGAGAACCAGAUCCCUCUGUUUGUGAUGAGGAAGUUGCUGGAGCUUCAGUUCUCGUCUGUGGAGAUGGCGGACCAGAGGGUUCAUGCGAUGCUCACCGCCCUCAGCAGGGACCUCUCGCCCUUUCAGAUGGCCGAGACGGCGGAGGGCGCCGCCGUGAGCGAGUGCGCUCACUUGCUCGAGUUUUUGUACAACUACAUCGUGCCGAAAACGGAUUGGGAGAAGCCCGCGUCGAUCGAGAUCGACGUGGCAGAGGAGGAGGAGGAUAAGGACAAGGAGGCAGCGGAGGGAGAGGAGGCGCUUAAGCAGUCCAGCCACGUGAGGCAGCUCCGCGUGAUAGUGUGGAGCAUUGUUUCCACCUCCAUGAGAAAGCCUGUGAUUUAUAUGAAAAGGGUGGUCUUGUCCAAACCUAUCAAAUUGGUAGUGAAGCUGCCAUGGAAGAUCAUUUCCAACAUCCCGAUUUUGAAGGCGUUCAAGCAGCCUCUCGAGAACAUGUUCUCCGCCUACGGGGAGAAGAAAGACGACGGCGACGAGGAAGCGCAGAACGGUAGCGAGAAGCCUCCGCUGCAGGAGGAGAUCGUGAUCCCUUCCGUGACUCAGCUUCUGGAAGCCGGGGUGCGGUUCUCGCCGACCAAGGAGGGGAUUUCGAGCUUCAAUUUCGAUGAGAAAAGCCUAACGCUGUACAUUCCGGUGAUCAAGGUGGACAUAAACUCGGAGGUGGUGCUGCGGAACCUGGUGGCGUACGAGGCGUGCGUGGCGGCGGGGCCGAUGGUGCUGACGCGGUACACGGAGCUGAUGAACGGGAUCAUCGACACGGAGGUGGACGCGGGGGAGCUGUGCCGGAGGGGGAUCAUAAACAACCAUUUGAAGAGCGAGAAGGAGGUGGCGGAUCUGUGGAACGGGAUGAGCAAGUCGGUGAGAUUGACGAAAGUGGGCUCCUUGGACAGAGUGAUAGCGGAUGUGAACAGGUUUUACAGCCAGAGGUGGAGGGUUAAAAUGGGGAGGUUCAUGAAGGAUUAUGUGUUCGGGUCGUGGCGGAUUCUGACGUUCCUGGCGGCGGUGGUGAUGGUGGUGCUCAUGUGUCUGCAGGCGUUUUGCCAGGUCUAUAGCUGCCAUCGGAUCCUCCGCAUCAAAGCGCUUGAUCCUGAUGCCUUCUGAAUUUGGACAAACAAAGUUGUGUUUUGUAAUUGUUACUUCUUCCUUUUUUCUCUUGUCCAACAGUCCAAGUGUGAAUGUGUUUCCAAUUUAUUAUUUUUUUUUUUGAGGGAUGUUUCCAAUUUAUUAUUUGUGUAUUAUAUUGUUGGCAAGUUGGUGUGAUUUAAAUAUUGUUCAUAUUUUUGUC